CAGUCGACCGCGCGCCUCCGUCGGGCUCACACCGAGCACGCCGUCCCACUAUCUGUGUGUAUAGAAACAUCACUCUCAGCUCACUGGUAUACAGCGUUACUUUAAUUCACGGUCGAGGUGUGACUGUCUAUCUCUCAGUACAGAGCUCGAACAAUUCUCCAUCAAUAUUUCAGUGACCGAGAUCAGGACUAGUUUCUGUGUAUUUCCUGGGCGUUUUCGUGCAAUGUAGGAAUAUGCCUUCUCACAACGGAGUUACCGUGCUUUUUUUCUUCGCGGUGCUUUGUGGCGGGUGUUCUCGCGAAAUCUCGGACGAGGAGCUGGCCCGCGACACCAAGUCACUGGGUAGAAACUUCAUCUUAGUAAGUUACAAUGAUGAAAUGGAAAAGGAGUUACGGAUCGCCUAUAGAGGUGUACUGGUGCUGGAGACCGUUGCUUUCGAGAACACCCCAAACAAAAUGCAUUUCAAACGAGUAAGUGAUGGAAAACAAAUCAUUCAGAGUGUAUAUCAAGAUGGCGUUCUAAAGGAUUGUGAUUUCGGGGACAGCGCCCAAAUGGUUCUGGAAUUUGUUAAUGAGUUCACGCUUAAAAAGCAUCUUUUCCAAAGAAACAAUCAAGGCGAUGUGUUCAGAUUUUACAACACAGUCGAAAAUGAAAAAACCCAAUAUGCAAUAAAAGGAUUCAAAAGUCGCCAGAAAUUAGGAGAAUUUAAGGAUAUGGUGAAAAUAUAUACAGAAAUUAGAAAAUGUCAUAAAUAUGUUCGACAUUUGAAACGAAUUCAGAGGAGACGAAAUCGCAAUAACCCGGAUGAUAUUGACUUCCGGAAAGCGUAUUUCGAUACGACGGAUGAUGCCGCCCUGGAUGGUACCCUGUCUACCGCACGUGGUGGUAAUUCACCGGAAGUGACGUAUUUAGAUUCUAAUGUUGUAUCGGAAAAACGUCAGAAAUUUGCUAACAAAUCUUCUUCCGGAAGUGUUUCAAAAUUCAAUUCGCGGAGAACAGCGAGAUCUGCGACGUCAUCGACCUAUUUCAGUCGCGACGACGCAGAGGCACUUCCGGAAAAUCACGAGAGACGUAAAAGAUCUUUCUUUAACAAAUACCUGAUCUUUCCGGGCACCAAGUGGUGUGGGCGUGGUCAGAUUGCCAAGAAGUACGACGAACUCGGCGAUGACCAAGAGGCAGAUGUCUGUUGUCGAGAUCACGACUGUUGCCAGGAUAUCAUCCCUUGUUUCUCCACAAAACACAAUUAUUUCAACUAUCGCUUCCACGCCAUUCUUCAUUGCGACUGUGACAGGCGGUUCCGAGGUUGUCUGAAGCAGUCCGUGUCUCCGAUGGCCAGUCUGAUUGGGAGGAUUUACUUCAACAUCAUGGGAUCCAAAUGUUUCACGGUUUCCAUGGAGGAAGUGUGUGUCCGGCGGUCCUGGUGGGGACGCUGUGAGGAAUACGGACAGCAAGAAGCGGUCAAAAUCGAGGAUCAGGAGCCUUACAAUUAUUGUGAGGGUAGAAAAUAGGCGGACAAGGCCUCUUACUGUGAAUACAAAGUGUAUGGGGAAUACGGGUCCUAGUUACAUAUAGGGGCAAGGACGUCUCGAGGUCUUUGUGGGGACAAAGUGUCAGGACCUCUUGGAAUGGAAACGAGCUCCAGUGGUCCUGACGACAUAUAGGAAAUACAGAUUAUCAUGUGGGAGAAUUAAGUGAAGGAAUACAGGGUCCUAAUGAAUAGACGACAAUAUGAGGGACCCGGGUUCAUACAAGGUGUUAAGGGGUGUUAGUUUGGAGAGGGUAGGCGCGUAUGGGGUGUUGCUCUCGGUCCGGGGAGGGUAGAUGCGUACAAGGGUCUUACUGUCUGUUCGGGAAGGGUAAGCGCGUACGGGGUGUUACUCUCGGUUCGGAGAGGGGUAUAUGCGUACGGGGUGUUACUCUCGGUUCGGAGAGGGGUAGAUGCGUACAAGGAUAUUACUGUGGGGUCCACAUAUACGGAGACAUGUAAUCUUACCGUGGUGUAAAUCCAAGUAAUAAAACACAGGGUUCCAUUGUUUGGAUGACAAGUGAGGAUGAAGCUAGUAGACAGAGUACAGGGGACGGGAGUUAGCUCUACAGUGCGGUAUAUCUGUCAUAUAGGUGAUAACGAUAUAGGAAUUAUAACCGGAUGAUGUGCAGGAUUAUAUCUAAUUACAAUGGAGACUUGGUCGACCGCUUGACUGAUUGACGGACGGACAGGAACCCGCUAUAUGUUCGCAGUAAUACUUCGGAAAUUUUGAUGGGACGACUUCAAAAUGGCAUUUGCAUGUUAAGACAUAGGCUUAUAUUUAUAUUCAUAUAGUUGUACAAAGUGUGUGGCAGUCGGCUAAACGCCAUUGUGACAUAAGACUGGUAUACCUGGGCCAACUUGUAUGAAACAUCUCAAAGUAAAGGAAAAUCUCAAGCAAUGUAUUGUCUAUGGGAAAUCUUAAGACUUAAGGAAACCUCAGGAGUCGAGAUGCUUUAUACAAGUGGGCCCUGGUUACCUGUUAUCACAGCACAAUGUGAUGAGUGUGUCACAGAUCGAUUUGUGACGUCACAGGUGUGUGGCGACAUGGUUUUUCUAGAGAGACAGAACUAAAUCCAUAUUUUAUCGAAAGAGACAUUUGAUAUUGAUUUGGAAUAUAACGAAUGUGAUUUUUCACCAGUUUCCAUUUAUAUGAUAUUUUCCAAAUGUAAAAGAUUGUAAUUUUUUUCGUGUGAAAUCAAGCAACGCAUAGAUAACAUGCCAAAAGGCUUGUGAUAUAAGAGAUCAAUUCAACUGGUUUGAUAAAAUUCAUAUAAGACGAAACCUGUAUAAGGUCCCAUACAUAUAUAUAUAUAUAAAAAAUAAGAUUAACGACCGACUGAAAAACUAGCUGCUUUCACCCUUCACA